ACUUGGAUUCAGUCAGUGCUUUGACUUGUGUCCAUGAAGUGCAUAGGGAAUGAUGUGACAUUGGCAUCCUCUGUGGUCUGAAGAAGAAAUCGAGGAUGACAAUCGAGCAUUGAUAAUUUUUAACAAAGAAAGGUGUGUGAUUUAGUGAACUUGUAAAUAGUUGAUUGGAAGUGGUGUGCGUCGCUCGUAUUGGACAUGCCAGUCCUUCUUGGUGCUUUCGAAACCUCCCUGAGGGGAGGCGACUCUCCGCACGUUGAUCGGAAAUCCCUUCAUAAAGGAUGUUGUGGCACUCUUCACGGACAUGGAGUCGCCAAAGAAAAAGCCCAGAUGAAGACCCCAGCUGGUCGAUCAUGUUCCCUGGAACAUAAUGAGUCCAGCAGUAGUGGCGAUGAGUCGUUCAUCACCAACGUGCCAGAUAUUCUCAGUUCCUCGGUGGGAAAGCGGAUUGUCAAUGGCAGGUCUCAUUCUUCCGAUUGUGCUCCCCAGUCUCCAACUCUGGGCCCGAGGGGCAGUCAUGGAUCAGGUGCUAACAAUGUCUCAAAACGGUCCAAUUCUGCCUCCGUGGCUCAACGAUUGUUCACCUCGCCCACCUUGGCCACGACAGCUAAGGUGAGGGCCGAGAGAACCGCUUCGGAUAGUCGGAAGAUGACCAUAGAAAUGAAACGGAUGCAAAACCUUCACGCGUACAACGCCAGAAACACGAACAGUAUGCACAAUUUGAGCCAUGAAAGACGUGGACGAUUGAUGACGGCUGGUCGGCAUGAUGACGUUGACCACGACUCGGGUCACUUUAGCUCCGAUAAUGAAAGUCAUCUUCAACCCAAGCGCCCUUCAAUUAGGUCCAACUCGACCCAAAUUGUGGACAUAGUGCAAGAAUGUGAUGUUUCGUCUCAAGACCGGAAACAACAUCUAAUUCAUGGUGCCUCGGACGAUGAAUUUUUAGGGUCUCCAUCGGAAAUUCGACAUCGUCAAAGGAUGGAGAGACGUGACUAUUUGACGAGGGUCGGAUCCAACGGCUCUGGAUCAGAUGUGAAUAACAAACCGCAGAGGCGCAGAAAAGAGUCCCCGUCUCCAGUUCCCAAAGUGAGAUGGGGAGACCGUGGUAGGAGAUCCUCUGAUGAGUCAUCAGAGGUGUCUUCCAGCAAUUCGCCACCCAUUACCCCGACUCCAAGAUCUGGAAGUGGAGCUACAAGGGCCUUAUCAGCGACUAUUAGCAAGAAGGCCAAUACUAGCGGAGCAGGAUACGCGUUUGGAUCCAGCACUAGUAGAUUCUCUAGUGAAGAUAGACUCGGGAGCUUGGGACGCCGAGCGAAACUCUAUACGAAAAGUCAUAGCGAUGGAAUGUCACCAGGUCACCCUGGCCAUCACCAUUAUCAUUAUCAAGAUGCUCAUCAUCUGAACCGAACGGCAAGCGAGUCACGUGCCAUCGACAAGAAAGGUGCCAAAUCACGGGAAAAGAAGAAGACCGAUAUUACGAAGGCAUGGAUGCAAUUCAAAGAUGAUGUCGAGUCGGCUCUGCAGAGAAAGCCCAACCAAUCGGGCUUCUACAAGAACCUCUCUGACAUGAUGCACACCAAGAUGGAGAUGCUUAACGACGAGGCUAAAUCUGAAGAGCAAUUGGCGAGUGAGAGGGCGUUUCUGGAGGCGGAACGCGUUUGGUUGGUCCAUAAAGAUGGAUUUGCCGCAGCAGGUUUGCUCAAAGAUGACGGGGACGUCCCAGAGGGUAAAGUCCGUGUUCAAUUGGACUAUAAUGGAGAUAUCAUCGAGGUCGAAGAAGACGAUGUGGAACGAGCCAAUCCCACUGGGUUCGACAAAGUCGAGGAUUUGGCUCAACUACGAUACCUGAACGAGUCAUCCGCCCUUCACACUUUACGGCAACGCUAUGGCAACAGUCUUAUUCACACUUUUGCCGGACCCACGAUCAUCGCCAUCAAUCCGAUGGCACCUCUGUCUAUUUACUCCGAUAAAGUGAUAGAAAUGUUCAAAGAGUGCAAAAUUGAGGAUAUGCCGCCACACAUCUACACCGUAGCGGCCACGGCUCAUCGUGAUAUGCUUCUUUCACGGAAAGAUCAAUCCAUUGUCCUCAUGGGUCGAUCCGGAUCCGGAAAGACCGUCAAUCUGAAGCACGUGCUCCACUAUUUUGCCGUGUCAGCCAACAAUCCUAAAACGGGUUUGUUCACCCCAGAUCGUGUCCAAGCCAUCUCCACUCUUCUAGAGGCAUUCGGCAACACCCGGACUAUCAUCAAUGCCAAUGCCACACGAUUCAGCUCGCUUUUCAGUAUUGACUUUGACCCAUCGGGCCAGAUCGCUUCGGCGUCAUUGCAAACGAUGCUUUUAGAGAAAUCUCGGGUGGUUCGCCGCCCGGAUGGAGAGCCUAAUUUCAAUAUCUUUUAUCAAAUGCUGGCUGGGCUCGACACCCAAACCAGAUUAGAACUGCAUUUAGACAACCUGAGCGACCCCAAUCUGUUUAUGACUCCAUUAUCUAGGUCGGAGGAUAAAACCCAGGCUGCUGCCGCAUGGGGUCGCAUUUGUACCGCGAUCACGAUCAUGAAAAUCACUCCACAAGAGUCGUUCGUUCUUUGGUCCAUUUUGGCAGCCAUUUACCACUUGGGCGUGGCGUCGGUGGCCCGUGGAAACUUGGGGAAGACCCAAUUCGCCCAUCCGGAAGCCGCCCAAAGAGCGGCAGAAUGCCUGGGGACCACUGUGGAUGAACUGACGAGAUCCAUUUUCCAAGGAAACACCAGCUCGUCGACGCUGAAUCGGAAAUUGCGAUCCACGGACAAGGAUUCCGCCAAUCUGCCCGAUGGAAUCGAAUCCUUGGAGGCAUUUGUCAUGGGUCUUUACCAAGACACUUUCAACACUUUAGUAUUCCUGAUUAAUAGGGCUAUUUCGACCAACGCUUCUGCGCAUAAUUCCAUCUUGGUAGUGGACGCUCCGGGCUUCCAAAACUCGUCCACCUGUGGGCGUUAUCAAGGCGGCACCUUCGAGGACCUUUGCCACAACUAUGUCCAAGAGCGUCUUCAAUUGAUGUUCCAUGAGCGAUCGAUCAGUUCCCUCCACGACAAAUACAUCCAAGAGAAGCUGGAUUGUGAUCUGGAUGAUCUGGAUGAACUUCCAACCCCCGCUCCCUUAGUGGCUCUCAUUGACAAGCAGGCUGGAACCCGAGUGUCCCAAUCCAACUUGGCCAGUGCCGAUCGUCGAGGGCUCUUAUGGCUUCUCGAUGAAGAAGCUCUGUUCCCGGGAGCCACCGACGAAUCCUUUGUUGAGCGGCUCUUGCUCCAGUACAACCAGAGAGGUUGCGAAGACCUGCUUAAGAAAGGUCCGACGGAUAAGCAAUUCGUGCUCCAGCAUUUCCAAGGAACCAACCCGGUGUUAUACAACGCCAAUGGUUGGCUUCAAGCCUCUCGCGAAGACGGAGCAGUCAAAGCUGCUUCGGUACAACUUCAAGAUUCCUCAUUGAAGCCUGUGUCGGAAUUGUUUUGCGCUUCUCGAGGACCCGGAGCCGCUUCUGUUUCUGGAUCCAUCGCGGGUUUAGAGGGGAAUCACUCCUUGAGACGAGCUUCAUCAAUUCGAAGAGGAUUCACCACCGGUGGUCAAAUGGGCAUGAAACGACAUUCCGUGGCUCUUCAAGUCAAGUUCCAAGUGGACACCCUAAUGGAGCAAUUGCGACGAACCAAGUCCCAGUUCGUGCAUUGCUUCAUUCCCCAGCAUAAUUCCGGUCUCUGUGAUGUCAAAGGAGGAUUGAACAUUACCAAAUCCAAUGGAAGUGUCAACUCCAACCCUAGCGAAGAGAUCCUCAUGAAUGUCCCUCUUGUGCGAUCUCAGUUGAGAGGAGCACAAAUUUUGGAUGCAGUUCGUCUGCACAAAAAUGGCUUCCCUGAGAGCAUGAAUUACAGUGAGUUCUGGAGGAAAUUCCGCACUUUGGGCCAUGAGGAUGCUAUGAAGAUCCAACCCACCCUUGGUGAGAUGAAAGAGGCUGUGGGAAGCCUUUUGGAAUUCAUCGACCUUGAUAAAUCGACAGCCAGACUGGGAAACACUCAGGUUUUUCUUCGAGCUGGAGUUCUGGCACACUUACAAGAAGAGCGGGAUGAGAAAUUGACGGAUCAAGUGGUUCGGUUCCAGGCCUUAUGUCGAGGACAUUUGGCUAGGAAGCGCUUCCAAAGACGCAAGACCCAAGACAUCGCCAUUCGGUGUAUUCAAAAGAAUGUUCGAAAGUUCAUGGGUGUUCGCGAUUGGCCCUGGUGGAGACUUCUCGUCAAGCUCACCCCUCUUCUUAAUGUCCACAGAACGGAAGAUCAGCUCAAGUCAAGAACGGAUGAAUUGGAGAUGCUCAAGGCUCGAUUGGAAAAGGUCGAAAAAGAGCGGACCGAAUUCAAGCAAGCCAAUGAGAAGUUGGAGAAUCGGUUGAGCGAGAUGACCGCCGAUCUGGCCGAGGAACACUCAACGGCGACCCUGGCCACGGAACGGUUGGAAGCGGAGCAAGCGGAACGACUCAAAUUGGAGAAGGAAAAGAACGACUUGACGAGUCGGAACAAACAACUCCUUCAUUCCAAUGAACGAAUGGAGAUGGAGGUGCUCUACAGCCGUGCCCUUGAUAUGAAUGGGUCGGCUGACUCCGAUGAAGAUGGCGAGCCAUCUAUCUUCAAACAGAAGUACGAAAGAGCCAUCAAAGAGCUGGAGUUCACCAAGAAACGCUUGGCACAGCAACAUGACGAUGACAUGGAGCAACUGAUGGCCUUAAAGAAACAAUUGGAAAAGAAGUUACACGAUGCCUUUGAUGAAGUUGAUGAGCAACGACAAAACGUGGCCCAAUGGAAGCGAAAGGCCCAAAAGGCCCAGGGUGAAAUGAAUGACACGAAGCUUUUACUGGAGGAGCAGACUUCACGUAAUCUGCUGCUCGAGAAAAAGCAACGCAAAUUCGACGCCGAAAUCAACUCCCUCCAAGAGGAUCGGAAGCAGGAGAAAACGGCCAAAGACAAGUUCUACCGGGAACUCGACGAUAUCAAACGGAUCAAGUAUUCGCUCGAGGACGAAAUCACGGCCAUGAAGCUGGACUUGGACUACAAGGAUGAGAAGAUCUCGGCCUUGAGCAAGGAGUUGGAGGAUCUCCAUUCCGGCGGCACCACCGAUGAAGAGGUCUCCUCCUUGAAACGGCAGAAGAACGACCUCGAAAAGAGGCUCAAAGAGCAGGAGGAGGAAUUGGAUGACAUGGCCGGUCAAGUUCAAAUGUUGGAGCAGGCCAAGAUCAAGUUGGAAAUGUCCAUGGCCGCCCUGAAGAAGGAUCAUCGCCGAGAGAUCAGUAGCAAGGAAGAUGAGUUGGAAGAUGCCCGAAAUGCAGCCAUGAAGAAAGUCAAGGCCUUGGAGCAGCAGCUCGAGUCCGAACACGAGGAACGCAUCGGAUUCGUCCGUGAGAAGCACGAGUUGGAGACCAAGAUCAUCAAUCUUCAAGAUCUGGCCUCUCGCUCCACGGACGAGGAUGUGGUGGCCAAGCUCAAGAAGGAUUUGAAGCGGACCAAGGCUCUCCUCAAGGAUGCUCAAUACAUGCUGGAGAGAUCUCGCAAUGAGACGUCGAACAAAUCCCUGAUCCGGCAGCUCAAGAAUCAACUCGAAGAUGCCGAGUUUGCCCGUAUUUCCGCCAUCAAGGCCAAACAGAACACCGACCUCGAGCUCUCGGACGUCCAGCAACAAUUGGACGAUGUGAUGAGAUCCAAAUCCGAUGUCGAGGACAAGCUCUUCCGCAUCGGCCGAGAGAAGGCCGAUUUGGCCACUCAGCUCGAGGACAACGACUCCGAGCUCAGCGAGGUCAUGAAGAAAUACAAGGCCUCGGUGGGUCAGCUCUCCGUGGACCAGAUCACCAUCCACGAGCAAGCCAAUGCCAUCUCGGACUUGGAGGAGGAGCGCAACCAGCUCAAGGAGCAACUGGCCGAGUUCACGGCCAAGGUUCAAUCCAUGGAGGGCGAGAACGUGUCCACGGCCCAACAUCACCGCCUCGAGCUCAAGAUCAAGGAGUUGGAAUCGAAAUUGGACCUAGAGCAAACGACCCGUGGCCGAAUGGAGACUCAGAUCAAUCGCUUGAAAGAGGCCAUUGAAAAGAUCAACAUUGAAUGCGACCAAUUGCGCGGAAAGGAGCACAGUGCCCAAGAACUGGUUCGAAAGCUUCAACGCCAAUUGCGAGACCUCAAGGAGGAGUUCACCAACCUUCAAGCCAAGGAGACCGAGGUCAAUUCCAAGAAGAACGAGCUCGAGAAAAUGCUCGAAUUAGCCGAGGCCGAAACGGUGACUGCCAAGAACGACCUCAAAUUGGCCAUGAAACGCAUCGAAGACCUGCAAACGGCCAUGAACGGCGAGAUUGAUUCCGACUCCGACUCCAUCCUUAGCGACGGAGACAGCGACUCAUCGGAUGACGAUGUGAGCAACAUUUUCGAUCGCCGAGCCUCCCAUUUGACCCGAGGAUCCAUUUCCCGAACACUCGAGCCCAUGCCCGAAGAACCCGAAUCACAACUGCACGAGGGAAAAUCGAGGCCAGCUUGCCAUGAUUCGGAUUCCGAUGCGGACCCAUCGUCUGGCAAACCAUCGCAAGCACUUUUGGACGAGACCGAUCGGACUGGAGAAUCGCAAGCUUAAUCAAUCAAUCAAUCGAGCUUUCUUUCUCUCUUUCGCCAGAACAAGAAGAAGAAGAAGAAGAUUUUCAACACUGUGAUCUUGAAUAUGCUUUCAGAGGCUAGUGAAACACACCCUUUCCGUAAAACCACAACCCCACCCACCCCCGGGGGCCCCCACUCCCAUUUUCCACUACUAACCCAGCAGCAAGUCGGACGAGUGACAAGACACGCCCUGUUCGGAUGAUUUGGGCUCGUUCAUUUGUGUGUGUACAUACGGAGUAUCAAGAGAGCGUCCGAUGACGACGACUUUACUUUUGUGGAAGACAAUUAAUUGUCAGUAAUCGUGGAUGAAACAUUUCCUUGUUCCACUUUAGGACAAUUCAAUCAAAACCCAGUCAACAACACCCUAUUUCAACUUCCAGAACCACAUUUCGUCCCUGAUACAAUGAUGAAGAAAAAGAAACCCUGUGGUUUUUUGUUUCGCCCCUGUCUCUUUUAAAUUAAUAAGCCUUACUUUUUAACGAUACAAAUGAGCAGUUAGAGUGGUUGUCGUGGACUUUGGCGUGGUCGGGACCCACUAAUAACCAGUUCAGCCGAGGAGAAGCUUCCUAUUCUUAUUUGUUACGCUAAUAAUAAAACAAUGCCCGGGA